UCGUUAAAACUGAACCACCGGACACUUAUGUGAACAAACAAAAUGUCGUUUCACCAACAGAAACUCUUCCUUGUUCAAGUGGAGACGACACGAAAUUUCGUUGCACCAUCGAACACUCUCGUUCAAGUGGAGACAGUGGGCAAAUGUGUGGGGUCCGGUGAUCACCAGCACUACUGCAAGAUUUGCGACACGAUGUUCGAAACAUGCUUGCACCUGCUCCAGCACUCCUAUCGCGCAUAUCAAUCAGCUGCCGUUCUGGUGCAGCCAUUGCGGCGCAGCAUUCGCCCACUCAGAAGACAUGGCUAAGCACUGAAGCCCAGCACGGGAACAGAAGAGGGAAGCACCGUUGCAUCAGGUGUGACAGGGUCUUCGUCAACCGGACUCGGCUCUGGGAGCACGUGCAGUCUCACUAUGGUAGCCCCGACUAUAAAUGCCACCUGUGCUCCGCGGUGUUUCCCCUGCAGCACCAGCUGUCGAAGCAUUUGCGCACCCACGGCGACGAGCUGCCUUUCGUUUGCGAGCAGUGCGAUUCCAGGUUCAUGUACAAGGAGUCACUGUGCAGGCACAAGAGGGUCCACCAAGGCGUCCGAAAGUAUAAGUGCAGACACUGCCCCAAGGCUUUCUUCCAGCGCGGCUAUCUCGUGGAGCACGAAAGAAUCCACACCGGGGAACGGCCAUUUGCUUGUAACAUCUGCGACGAGAGGUUUGUGCAGCGAGGACACUUGAUUGUGCACCGACAGAAAACGGGCCACUAACUUGCAAGCUCUGUAGCCACUGUGUUUUUGUCCCGAUUUACCUACAACAAUGAUGUUCUCGUACUUUAGUCGUCA